CACCUCUGCUAUGCGCUGAUUCCCUGCAGACCCGCCCGCUCAACUCAGUCAUCUGAAUGUGUGAAAGCUUUCAGCAUAAGGGCCGAACACUGAGGUGUCAGCGCAUCCGGACACAGGACAGCCAUGGCCCUGCUCGAUCUAGCCUUGCAAGGGUUCUCCAUCUUCGGAUUUCUAUUGUUUAUCGUCCUAUGGCUCAUGCACCUCGUGUCCAUCAUCUACGUCCGUCUGCAUCUCAACAAGAAGACCCCAGACAAGGUGCCGUACAGCAAACUGGCUGGUGUCUCGCUGCUGAAGCCCCUCAAGGGUGUGGACCCCAAUCUAAUAAACAAUCUUGAGACGUUUUUUGAGCUGGACUAUCCCAAGUAUGAAAUUCUGCUCUGUGUUCAAGACCAUGACGAUCCAGCCAUUGAUGUUUGUAAAAAGCUUCUGGGCAAAUAUCCUAAUGUUGAUGCCAGGUUAUUUAUAGGAGGUAAGAAAGUUGGCAUCAAUCCGAAAAUAAAUAACCUCAUGCCAGCUUAUGAAGGGGCAAGGUAUGAACUUGUCUGGAUCUGUGACAGUGGCAUUCGAGUGAAGCCAGACACUCUAACUGAUAUGGCUAAUCAGAUGACGGAGAAGGUGGGACUGGUUCAUGGCCUUCCUUACGUGGCAGACAGACAAGGAUUUGCCGCCACAUUGGAGCAGGUUUAUUUUGGAACGUCACAUCCUCGUUCCUACAUCUCAGCCAAUGUAACAGGAAUCAAGUGCGUCACAGGGAUGUCGUGUCUCAUGAGGAAGGACGUCCUGGACCAGGCCGGCGGGCUGAUUGCGUUUGCUCAGUACAUCGCUGAAGAUUACUUCAUGGCCAAGGCCAUCGCAGACAGAGGAUGGAAAUUUUCCAUGGCAACGCAGGUAGCCAUGCAGAAUUCUGGCUCAUACUCCAUUGCACAAUUCCAGUCUCGCAUGAUCAGAUGGGCCAAGCUGAGAAUCAACAUGCUGCCAGCCACCAUCAUUGAGCCCAUCUCAGAGUGCUUUGUGGCAAGCCUAAUCAUCGGCUGGGCCGCCCACCAUGUGUUUCGCUGGGACAUCAUGGUGUUUUUCUUGUGCCAUUGCUUGGCCUGGUUCAUUUCUGAUUACAUCCAACUCAGAGGAGUACAGGGCGGCCCUCCAUCCUUCUCUAAGCUGGACUAUGCGGUGGCCUGGUUCAUCAGAGAGUCCAUGACAAUUCAGAUUUUCUUGUCCGCUCUUUGGGACCCCACCAUCAGCUGGAGGGCGGGACGCUACCGAUUACGUUGCGGAGGUACAGCAGAGGAAAUCUUGGAUGUUUAAACGGCACCGUGUGCCAAGGACUAUGCACUGGUGUAAACAUGGAAACAGAACUGCGAGAAGAUGUGGGCGCAGAUGGACAAAUGAACUGCAACUUUUUUCAUUUUUUUUUUGUUCUGGGUUUUAUUCCAACUUCUGAUAGUUUUUAUCCUGGUACUUUAGCAAGCUUGAAUAGAUUAUUUAUGUCCUUGGUGCUUUUUUGUUUUUCCUGUGAGGUCUCUUGACAAUUUGAGAUGAGCCAAAAGUUAUGGAGUGGCGAAGAAGAGAAGACUUAUGAGAAAAGGAUGUCUGGCGACGAGGCGGCACUUCAGCUGGCAUCAGAACCCUGAUUAAAACGCAUCUAAAUUCUACUUCUUUUAUUUUUAAGGUCCUUGCAACAUGUUUAGUGGUAGUUAAGCAACUGUGUAUCACGACAUAUCCGUUGUAUCGUGUUUGAAUGAACGGUACAGUUUUUAAACAUUAUAGUGACACGAAAGUGGGGUAGAGAAUGACUGAAGCCUUUUAAAAUGGCACUAGUGCAUGAAUGGAUCAUUUGCUUAUCACAGUGUUGCUCUCAACAUACAGCACUCUUGCCAUAUUUUAUACAUUUUUGGACUUUUGAAUGCUCAAAAUGGAUCCACUCAGGUCCAUUUUAUGUUUACUGGACAGAGCAAUAUCUUCAUAUACAUAGGGAAUUGUGGCAGAGGUUCGUAUACAGUUUCUGUUGAUCUAUCCUGAAACAACGCAACGCUUGUACAUGCUUGUACAGUCUUUGCAGCCACCCUGCAGUAUUCAAACAAGAGGUAUAAAGGCCUAGUUCGAGCCUAAAUUAUCCUCAACGUGAUAUCUGCUGAUUUAAUUGCAUAUCUUAUGAAAUUUAGUGCCAUUUGAAAACUUUUUUUUAUCGUUAUAAUUUUGGCUUCUUCAAAGCCAACACCAUGGUUUUUCUUCAAGGUCUUUAUCUUCCUGUGCUUCAUUCUCUGCACUAUUUGCUCUCAACCAGAAUCAGGGUUUGCUAAAACAUUUCCUCCCGUGCCGCUGUUUGUUUGAGAAGUUGUGUCAGUAUUUUCCUGCAAAUGUUUGACUGGAUAUAAAUGCUAAGAUUUACCUUUAAAUUGUCCGAACAUUUCAUCCGAUGCCAUUUCAGUUAUCCAAUUAAACCAAAUUCUGUUAAGAAUUUGAGAAGUUCAAGUUAUAUACACUCAUUUUUUUGAGUUAUUGAGCAAAAUUAUAAAAAAAAACUGUUGGCAAACAUCAUCUGCUUUUAUGCUCUGGGACAUUUCAAAAUUUUUCAGUCGCACAGUGUGCUUUUUGGCUUUUUUCGUUCCCCAACAACGUAAACCCCCUUAUCUACACUAAGUCAAACAGUAUUCAUGAAACAAUUGACAUUCUUCUCUUCCUUUUUUCUUAUUUUUUUUCCUCCACAGUUGUAUCUUGAGGAACUGUUUGUUUCUGUAUUGUACUGCCAGCACUUUGCUGUUAAACCGCUCUUUCUGCAUUUUCCUCAUUUCUUGACUUGCCCGCCUUCAUGUGCUGCUGUGUGUUCAUGAAUCAUGGCGCUGAUCGUGAAGUACCCAUGCCAGCACUGGCAGUAUUGGUAAACAGAUAAUCUACUCAUUUACCUGGACAGUUCAACCCUUAUUGUUAUUCUAAAACCAUAAUAUGUGAUUCAGGAAAACACGCUGAUGUGAGCCGUGUGCGUGUCUUCAUAGUCCAUCAGCUGCCAUUUGAGAAGUUACAAACACUGUUUUAGCCCAAUGCCAAACCUUCCAUUGUUUGUGUUUUUGGUGUUGGUUUAUUAAAUCUAAUUUGAAUGCAUCUAAGUUUGUUCUACUGAACACUUGGGCUGACUAUUGGAAAUAUACUUAAACUUGAGUUUUGUGCAUGAGGCCACAAAAUGAAUGCCAUUUGUUCGUAACAUGGCAGCUGAAGUAUUAACAGUUGGGGAUAUAUCAGUUUGCAAUAACCAUAUACAUUAUAAACUGUAAUACUGUAUUCAGGCUGUGAAACAAAAGCAAGCUUCCAAACCCAUUUCUUUGUCCAGUUGUGGUAUAAUAAACAUUUCAUAUUUUGUUGACUGUUUCACAUGAAUUGUUCCUCAUACAAAUAAUGGGCCUCAUUCAUGAAACAUGAACAAAUUUCAUGAAAUCGUUAAAAAAAAGCAUUCUUAAAUUGUUACAUGGAAUUAAUUUGUUAAACCAUGCUUGUGUAAAUUGUUGCAUUAAAUUUAAUGGUUUGUAAAUCCAUUCUUCUGUAAAUUGGAAUUGAUUUUAAAAAUUAUUCACUUGAAGGUGACAAUUUAUAAGAAUGUUUUUUUUUUUUUUUUUUAUGAAUUAUUCAGUUUAGUGUUCCAAUUUAAGCAAGAAACUUUUUACAAACUAUUCUAUUAACCCAGUUGCUGCCAUCGAAUUGAAUAAUUUUGUAAAACAAUUCUUGCGUAAUUGGUCGCAUUAAAUUAAUUAAAAACAUUCUUGCAUAAAUUGAAUUCAGUGCUACAGUUUAAAGGUUUUAGGUAAAGUUUACUUGGUUUUAUGAUUAACUAAAAUGAAUUCUGCUCUUGAAUAAGACCCAAUGUGUUGUUGAUCUGCAACACUGGUAAAAUUGAAUGUACGUUUGCAUGAACAUGUGACUAACAUGAAUUUUUUUUAUUUUUUUUUUUUUUAUUUUUUUUUGUAACACUUGAAAUGCCACUGCAGAAACCAUAACAUUUUAUUUAGGGAAGGGGGAAAUCCGGCUUUUUCUGCAACUACCCAAGUUCUGCUCUUUACUUUCAACCAUAUCUGCUGGCUCUUAUUUUAUAUAUGUGAAAUAUUGUGUCAAAAAGUAACUUGUAAAUUCACCUCAUUUAUGAAAAGUCUACAAUGCACUGUAAAUUUCCUGUUUAGACUUUUCCUCUUUGUGUGGCUGUGAGAGAGUGUGUUUGCGGAAAUAUGCUGUUUAUGGCCUUUUUUGAUAUGUCAAUUCUGAAAGGAUUGUAUUAUCGUAAAGUUCUGUGGGGAACUGGACUUUUUUUUUUUUUUUUUUUUUCCUCCAUAAGUGUACAGUUGUAUGUUUGUCUAACAUGUUUUGUAGAAGACUGGUGACCUGUAUGGUGCCAUGUGGACAUGAGAAAAUGUCUGGCUGUUCUGCACUUGUCAACCUGAGUACCAGCAGCUGUUUACUCACAACAACAGUAAAAAAAAAAGUGUCUCAUCCUGUGGUAUGAUUGAAACAUUACUACAUUUCACUCGUGAUCAUUCUUUACUACAGCCCUGGACUCAAGGUUGAACAAAGCGACCAAGAAAAACUACUGCUACAUUUUUACCAUAUGGUCAUCGAUCAGAGUAGAAAAAAAGUCUAGUUGUGAUCCACCGCUUUCAUUUUAUGUGCUGUAAAUUGACAAAAGUGCAAAGAAAAAGCUUUUAGCUUUUUUUUUAAGAGUAUGUACAGUUUAUUUAUGAAGUUUGGUUGAUAACCAUUACAUACACUGCUUCCUGAGGCUUAAUUUAUCAAGUUGUACAUUUUUGUUUUUUCUGAGUUUUUUUUUUUUUUUUUUUUUUUCCUGGCAGUGUAAAGGUAUGGAUGGACAGACUUCAGUUUUUGAAUCUUUUAUGUUAUUUUGUAGAUGUUGUGUACUGUACUCUUGAUGCUGAAUGCAUAAUCCACAGCUGGAAACUGUGAAAUUACAGAUAAAUUAAAGCUUUAUCAAGCAAUAUAAAAA